UUGGAGCUGGGCAGGCUUUUUCAUCCUUCGAUUUACCACCCGGUCGUCUUGUGCGAGGCCCCGGGAUGGCCCUUGUUGUGGGCACUAUCACCAUGGCCAGUAGUAAUUCACGUGAUCCCGCCACCACGGCGUCGGACGAUGCUGCGACCGAAGCCACCGCCACCGCCUCGACUUCGACCACCGGCGCUGCAAACGGGACCAACCCCAGCAUUCCUCGCCCGGAGAGUCCUGUUACACCGCAGCUACGCGUUGACACGACAGCCCUACAAACCAACAGCAACGCCGCGCAAGUCUCGCCCUACAUGCCCUUUUCAGCGCGCUUCAAUGCCGGUGGCAGUGGACUGCCCUUUAUGUCUCCCAUCAACAUGUACAUGCUCAACUCGAGCCUCCUCUCCGCCGGUGGCAAGUCAGAUUUGGCUCUCCAAACACCGCGCGAAGCCGAUCUCGUCGCCUUCCUCUCUCGCUCCACCUCUUCUCUCCCCGACGGCGCCGCGCACGAGGAUCAAGACCUUGUUCUUGACAGCGCCCCUCCCACCUCCACAUCCACGGCCCCCACGAAUACCACCUCGCCCACCUCUCGCACCAAUGGCCGUCGGCAUCAUCGCCGCCAAUCCCCAACCUCCCCCACCGGCCUGCACGGCCAUCAGAGACCCCCUUACAACGACCUCAACGGUACCGCCAGCGCUGCCUCCCACCCCACCCACAGCGCCUCAAACCAAUCCCCCGCAAGCGCAGCUCGAACCCUCGCCCAAGCCUCCGCCACCAGCGACGCAUACCGUCGCCCCCAAACCCGUCCUCGUCGCAUGUCUGCCACGGGCUGGCGAGACCAGGACCGCGUCUUGUCCGAAGAGUCUUCCAUGCUCUCCGCCGACAUUAUCAGCUCCGCCCGGGAGUACCACACCAACCCAAAGGCCACCAACACUGCCCCACUCGUCCUCUCCCCCAUUGCCCAAGGCUUACUCAUGCUCUCCCCCAGCGUGCAAAACCAAGCCUCAUGGGCCCUCCAGAGCGGCGCCUCCUCAGACAUUCUGGCCCGUUCGGCCCUCAAGGACGACCCCACCGAGUCAUAUCUUCAAGAGCUGGCUGCACUUAAUUCCCACACCUCCUCGUCGGUCGCCCAAGCCGACCAUACCGGUCCCACCAACCUCUCUGCCGUUCUCGACGGACUCCCUGAUUCCCUUCAAGCCUCAGACCUGGAUGACGACGACGACAAUACGGCCCUCACGUCCAACCAUACCGGUCUUGACACAGACAAUCUCUUUAGCAGCAACGCCUCGCUCCUCCUCGCCGCAGCUCAACAUCAACUUCCACCUGCAACCACCAGCGCCAUCACAAAUCAGGCACACGCAGCCAACUCCAACCCAAUCCCCUUCGAUUUGCCCUCCAUCAAUACCGCCCUCGCCCAUGCAGACCCCACAAACCCCAACCCAGCGGACGCUGCCCCAUCUCACAAGGCAGCCACCAAGCCCGCCCGCAACACCAAGCAAGCCGCAUCUUCCCGUGCUAAAGCUGCCACCACCCCCACUUCCGGGCGCUCCAGCCGCACUAGCCACACUGCCUCUCAGCGUUCAGCAACACCCGCCUCCAAAGACGCGCCCCCAUCCAAGCGCGCAAAGGCCUCGCCAGACCUCAUUGAAACGGCUGAUGGUCUGUUACGUUGCACCUGGCCCGGCUGCACCAAGGAAUAUGCCAAAGUCUCGCACCUGCGUUCCCACAUGCGACGUCACAACGGGGAGAAACCUUAUUCCUGUACCCAUCCCGGCUGUGACUGGCGCUUUUCGCGCUCCGAUGAACUCGCCCGCCACAUCCGCUCCCACACUGGUGAGAAACCCUACAAGUGCCCCAUCUGCCCCAAAGCCUUUUCUCGUUCGGAUCACCUCCAAAAGCACAAACGUACGCAUAACCGAAACGGCAACAAGGCGCGGUGA